AUGAAUAUGGCAAUGAAUCGAAUCAUGAAAGAAUUCAAGGAAGUAGUGGCGAACGAAUCCAAUGGAAUUGAGUUGCACAUGCCACAAGGAGAAUUGACGAGAGACAUUCCGAACUCCGCAUCAAAUAAAAAAGAAAUUUAUCUAACUGGAUCGCUACUAGGACCUCCGGAUACGCCGUAUGCCGGAGCGAAAUUCAACGUUGACAUCAUUGUUGUGGAUACGUAUCCGUUCAACCCACCUAAAGCUCGUUUCACUACAAAAAUUUGGCAUCCUAAUAUCAGUUCUGUUACCGGUGCGAUUUGCCUUGAUAUUCUUAAGGACCAAUGGGCAGCUGCAAUGACAAUACGAACAGUUUUACUAAGCUUACAAGCAUUGCUCGCAACACCUGAACCCGAUGAUCCACAAGAUGCUGUCGUAGCAAAUCAAUACAAGAAAGAUAGAAAACUCUUCGAAAAAACAGCUCGGCACUGGGCUAAUAUUUAUGCUAAUGGGCCAACACCUGAGCCUGAGUGUGAUGCCGCUGUCGCUAAUCUUGUCGAGAUGGGUUUCGAUAAAGAAAAAGCUCGCGUUGCACUCUCAGCUAUGAACUGGAGCACCAGUGAUGCUUUGGAAAGUUUAUGUAAAGGUUAA